AUGCCCACGACCCCACGACGUCCUACAUGCUUGACAACGUCCGCUGAUUCCGGAUCGGAACCACGCCAGAUUCCGGAACGGAUGCGGCAACAUUCGAACCCCCGAUUGGCGUCCAAAAGCAGGCGAGAUCCAGAAAGUCACAAUCGGACCGAUUCGGAUAUGGAUGCAUUGCAUCCGUUAGCCGUGAUGUACAUCCCGAUCUGGGACCACAGCAUCAACUACAACAACUGA